AUUUGAUUGAUGUCCAAGUCACCGCUGUGGCUGGAGCCGCCUCCCCUCGGGCUGGGGCCGCGUGAGGCCGGAGCAGCGGGUCAGGCCGAGCUCCCGCUCUCCCGGGACUGUCCUGCUCUAAGUCCCGCGCGUCCCCCGCGCGCGCCGCAGCCUGAGCACCGUCCUCUGCCCACGCCCCGGUGUCGGGCCAGCAUGUGAAGCUAGCUGCGCGUUCCGGCUGGGACUCCGUAGAGGCGGCAACUUUGCGGGCGGCAGUGGCGGCAGCAGGCGCGGGGCAGCACACUUGCCCCCAGCCCCGCGUCCCGCUGGCCACCAUGAGCGACGAGAGCUCCAGGGACGCGGAUAAGCAGCUUCGCCUGCGCGUGUGCGUGCUCAGCGAGCUGCAGAAGACCGAGCGCGACUACGUGGGCACGCUGGAGUUCCUGGUGUCGGCUUUCUUGCAUCGAAUGAACCAGUGUGCAGCAGCAAAGGUUGAUAAAAAUGUGACGGAGGAAACAGUGAAGAUGUUAUUUUCCAAUAUUGAGGAGAUCCUCGCUGUACAUAAGGAGUUCUUAAAAGUUGUAGAAGAAUGUUUACAUCCGGAACCCAAUGCGCAACAGGAAGUGGGAACCUGCUUCCUUCACUUUAAGGACAAAUUUCGUAUCUAUGAUGAAUAUUGCAGCAACCAUGAAAAGGCACAAAAAUUACUUCUUGAACUGAACAAAAUAAGACCCAUCCGAACGUUUCUUUUGAACUGCAUGCUGCUUGGUGGACGGAAGAACACAGAUGUUCCCCUGGAAGGUUACUUAGUGACACCAAUACAAAGGAUAUGCAAGUACCCUCUCCUUCUGAAGGAAUUACUGAAGCGGACUCCACGGAAACACAGUGACUAUGCAGCAGUGAUGGAAGCCCUCCAAGCCAUGAAAGCUGUUUGUUCCAACAUUAAUGAGGCCAAGAGACAGAUGGAGAAACUGGAAGUUUUAGAAGAGUGGCAGGCACACAUUGAAGGCUGGGAGGGGUCCAACAUUACCGACACCUGUACUGAGAUGCUGAUGUGUGGGGUCCUAAUGAAAAUUUCGUCUGGAAAUAUUCAAGAACGGGUGUUUUUUCUUUUUGAUAAUCUCUUGGUAUACUGCAAAAGAAAACACAGACGGCUGAAGAAUAGCAAGGCAUCUACGGAUGGGCAUCGGUACGUCUUUCGAGGGCGGAUCAAUACUGAGGUGAUGGAAGUGGAAAACGUGGAUGACGGCACAGCUGAUUUUCACAGCAGUGGGCACAUUGUUGUGAAUGGGUGGAAGAUACACAACACAGCAAAAAAUAAAUGGUUUGUAUGCAUGGCUAAAAGCCCUGAAGAAAAGCAUGAAUGGUUUGAAGCUAUUAUGAAAGAAAGAGAACGUCGGAAAGGUUUAAAAUUAGGAAUGGAACAAGACACCUGGGUAAUGAUCUCUGAGCAGGGUGAGAAAUUAUAUAAGAUGAUGUGCAAACAGGGAAAUCUGAUCAAAGACAGAAAAAGAAAACUGACCACAUUCCCUAAGUGCUUCCUGGGAAGUGAAUUUGUCUCAUGGCUAUUGGAAAUUGGAGAGAUUCACAGGCCUGAAGAAGGUGUUCACUUGGGACAAGCAUUGUUAGACAAUGGGAUCAUCCACCACGUUACUGAUAAGCACCAGUUCAAGCCAGAACAAAUGCUAUACCGGUUCCGAUAUGACGACGGUACAUUUUACCCGAGGAGUGAGAUGCAGGACGUGAUUUCUAAGGGUGUAAGACUCUACUGUCGUCUUCAUAGUCUGUUCACUCCAGUGGUUAGGGAUAAAGAUUACCAUUUAAGAACUUACAAAUCUGUCGUCAUGGCGAACAAAUUGAUAGACUGGUUAAUUGCACAGGGCGAUUGCCGUACCAGGGAAGAGGCAAUGAUAUUUGCUGUUGGGCUCUGUGACAAUGGAUUUAUGCAUCACGUCCUAGAAAAAAGUGAAUUCAAAGACGAGCCUCUGCUUUUCCGCUUUUUUGCUGAUGAGGAAAUGGAAGGAUCAAAUAUGAAACACAGGCUUAUGAAACAUGACUUGAAGGUUGUAGAGAAUGUCAUAGCUAAGUCACUGUUGAUUAAAUCUAACGAAGGCAGCUAUGGAUUUGGGCUGGAAGACAAAAACAAAGUUCCAAUAAUAAAGUUAGUGGAAAAGGGGUCAAAUGCUGAGAUGGCUGGCAUGGAAGUUGGAAAGAAGAUUUUUGCUAUUAAUGGUGACCUGGUUUUUCUGAGACCUUUUCCUGAAGUUGACUGCUUCCUGAAAUCAUGCUUAAAUAGCAGAAAGCCACUGAGAGUCCUCGUGAGCACAAAGCCAAGGGAGACCGUUAAGAUCCCAGAUUCUGCAGAUGGGCUUGGUUUCCAGAUCAGAGGCUUUGGCCCUUCGGUGGUGCACGCUGUGGGAAGAGGUACCGUGGCUGCAGCAGCUGGCCUUCAUCCAGGGCAGUGUAUUAUCAAAGUAAAUGGAAUCAAUGUCAGCAAAGAGACGCACGCCAGUGUCAUUGCACAUGUCACUGCCUGCCGGAAAUACAAGCGGCCAAUGAAGCAAGACUCCAUACAGUGGGUCUAUGAUAGUCUUGAAAGUGCUCACGAAGACCUUCAGAAGUCCCACUCAAAGCCCCCUGGAGAUGAGGCUGGGGAUGCUUUUGACUGCAAAGUAGAAGAUGUUAUUGACAAGUUCAACACCAUGGCCAUUAUCGACGGCAAGAAGGAGCAUGUGAGUCUGACAGUGGACAACGUCCACCUCGAGUACGGGGUUGUAUAUGAGUAUGACAGCACGGCGGGCACAAAGUGCAAUGUGGUGGAGAAGAUGGUGGAGCCCAAAGGGUUCUUCAGCCUAACUGCCAAGAUUCUGGAAGCCCUAGCAAAAAGUGAUGAACAUUUUGUCCAAAACUGCAGCAGCCUUAAUUCUUUGAAUGAAGUGAUUGCCACUGACCUUCAGAAUAAAUUCAGCAGCAUGUGCAGUGAGAGAAUCGAACAUGUGUGCCACAGAAUAUCCAGCUAUGGGAGGUUCUCUCGGGUGCUGAAGAACAGAGCCUGGCCCACCUUUAAGCAGGCCAAACCUAAGAUCUCCCCGCUGCACAGCAGUGAUUUCUGCCCGACCAACUGCCAUGUCAAUGUGAUGGAAGUUUCUUAUCCGAAAACAUCAACUUCCCUGGGGAGUGCCUUCGGUGUGCAGCUGGAUAGUAGGAAACAUAAUUCUCAUGAUAAAGAAAAUAAAUCUGUGGAGCCAGGGAAACUGAGCCCCAUGGUGUACAUUCAACACACAAUCACAACCAUGGCAGCUCCUUCGGGCCUGUCGCUGGGACACAAGGAUGGCCAUGGCCUCCGGUAUUUGCUGAAAGAAGAAGACUUAGAAACUCAAGACAUUUAUCACAAACUCCUGGGCAAGCUCCAGACCGCACUGAAGGAGAUGGAGAUGUGUGUUUGUCAAAUCGAUGACCUUCUGUCUUCAAUAACAUAUUCUCCUAAGAUGGAGCGGAAGACAACAGAGUCUGUGAUACCAAUGGAUAGCGACAACGAGAAGGGAGAGAGAAAUAGCAAACGGGUCUGUUUUAAUGUAGCAGGAGAUGAACAAGAGGAUUCAGGUCAUGAUACAGUCAGCAACAGAGACUCGUACAGUGACUGCAACAGCAACAGGAAUUCCAUUGCCUCCUUCACGAGUAUCUGCAGCAGCCAGUGCAGUUCCUACUUCCACAGUGAUGAGAUGGACUCAGGUGAUGAGCUUCCUAUCAGUGUCCGGAUAUCUCAUGAUAAACAGGACAAGAUACAUACUUGCCUGGAGCAGCUCUUCAGCCAGAUGGAUUCAAUAACCAACCUCUUGAAAGGGCAAGCUGUUGUAAGGGCCUUUGAGCAAACCAAGUAUCUCACCCCAGGUCGAGGAUUACAAGAAUUCCAACAGGAAAUGGAGGCAAAGCUGAGUUGCCCUAGGAGGUUGCGGCUCCACCUCAAGCAGGAUCCUUGGAAUCUUCCCAGCGGCGUCCGGGCUCUUGCGCAGAGCAUCAGAAAAUAUGUUGAAGAGGUGAAGUGCCGCAUACUACUGGCUCUCCUUGAAUACUCAGAUAGUGAAACCCAGCUCCGUAGAGAUAUGGUUUUCUGCCAAAGUCUCGUGGCCACUGUCUGUGCCUUCUCUGAGCAGCUCAUGGCUGCCUUAAACCAGAUGUUUGACAACAGCAAGGAAAACGAAAUGGAGACUUGGGAAGCCAGCAGGAGGUGGCUGGACCAGAUUGCAAAUGCUGGUGUGCUUUUUCAUUUCCAGUCACUUCUGUCACCAAAUUUGAAAGAUGAGCAGGCCAUGCUUGAGGAUACACUGGUUGCCCUGUUUGAUUUGGAAAAAGUUUCCUUUUUCUUCAAACCAUCAGAAGAGGAGCCACUGGUUGCAAAUGUCCCUCUUACAUACCAAGUUGAAGGAAGCCGGCAGGCUCUGAAAGUUUACUUCUACAUGGAUAGCUACCAUUUCGAGCAGCUGCCCCAGCGACUGAAGAAUGGAGGAGGGUUUAAAAUUCAUCCUGUUCUCUUUUCACAAGCAUUGGAGAGCAUGGAAGGAUAUUGCUAUAGAGACAACAUCUCUGUGGAAGAGUUCCAAGCGCAGAUAAACACAGCCUCCCUGGAAAAGGUCAAACAGUACAAUCAGAAGCUCAGGGCCUUCUACUUGGACAAGUCAAAUUCCCCACCAAAUGCCACAUCUAAAGCUGCCUACAUAGAUAAGCUCAUGAGGCCUCUCAAUGCUUUAGAUGAACUUUACCGGCUGAUCACCUCGUUUAUCAGAUCCAAACGUAUCGCUGCCUGUGUGAACACACCUUGUAGCGCCUCUGGAGUUGGACUGCUGUCAGUUUCCUCGGAGCUAUGCGACAGGCUCGGAGCCUGUCAUAUCAUCAUGUGCAGCAGUGGUGUGCACCGGUGCACCCUGAGUGUGACACUGGAGCAAGCCAUCACUCUAGCAAGAAGCCAUGGGCUCCCUCCUCGGUACAUUAUGCAGGCCACGGAUGUGAUGAGAAAGCAGGGUGCAAGAGUUCAGAACACAGCUAAGAACUUGGGGGUUAGAGACCGGACUCCUCAGUCAGCUCCGAGGCUCUACAAGCUGUGUGAGCCACCACCUCCAGUGGGAGAAGAAUGAGCAUUCCCACAAGCCAUGAGACAGAUGCUUCUAAGUGCUGACCAAGUCAACAUUCUUCACCGAAGACAAAGAAAUGCAUACUUAAGAUGUAAAGGCUUCCCAUGGUGUAAAUAACUGAUGUUUGGUUUGGAUAUUUAUGCUGGAACUAGAAGUUCCUUCAGAUAGUUCAGCCUCACACUCUAUAUAUUCAGAUUACAGAUUCAUAUUAGAGCAAAAUUCACUGCUGGAGUUUGUAGGAAAAUAUACAGAGAUAAAAGAUUAACUAUUUUGGUUCCUUUCUCAUUCAUUAAUUAUAUUGUAUUUGUUUUUAAAUUCCCUAAUGGACAGAUAUAAUACUUGAUAUUUUUUCUUGAUGUCUGUCACUAAAAAUGAUGGCCAUACUCUGGAAACUAUCAUACAGAAAUGUUAAAGACAGUGUAGAUGUGGGUUACAGGUGUCCCAUCUCCCACUCGUGCCACCCAGAAGGGAACGUGUGGGAGGUAGAGGUGUACAUGCCUCCUUUCCUUCUAAGGCUUCCUGGAAAUGAAGAAAGCUGUGAGGUCCUGGCGAAACUUUUUUCACUUUUGUCCCAUGUACUCUGCAGCCAUGUGAACACUCCAGCAGGCAGGUGGUCUCUUGACCUCUCCAAUGAGCCAUGAAUACUGCAUGGUGUACCAUUGACAGCUGUGGCCAGGUUGGGGAAAUGAGAAGAGUAAAUGAAGAUGGAAAAUAAUUGACAUAUUUGACAACUCAAUCCUUAACAGAGAAAGAUAAACUCUUAAUUGUCUAAUGACAUCUAUGAGAUGUCAGACUCUUAAAAUAAUACACCUUCAUAUGUAUUUUUCUAUCAAGUUACAUGCGUAAGAUGUGAAAAUAGAUGUAUUUAUUGUACUUCAAAGGGCCAUUACAGAAGAAUCUUGAUAAUUUAUGGAACCAAGGUAUAAACUGUAUUCAUGCUAAAGUAUAUGCAAUAUUUAUCACUCCUGUGUUGAUAUUCUAACAUUGUUUUUAGCACAUAAAUAUAUUAAUAUUGGUUUUAAAUAUAUAACUUUAAAAAUAAUUAAAACAGCAUUACUGUGAUUAUGAUAGAGUUGUGCUUUGCUUAAUGGUAGGAAUAAAUUGUGCCUUUAGGCAAUAUUAUCAUUGUACAAAUGUCAUGGGGUGUACUUACACAAGCUGAGAUGGCUGUUGCCAUAUUAGACAGUAUGACCUAUGGGACCAUCUCCUAUAGGCUGUUCAUCACUUACCCAAAGGCCACUAUACAGCACAGGGCUGUGUACGGAUAUGGGCUAAGCUUAUGAAAUCCUUACUUUAACUACAGUUUUGGUGAACCAUUAUUCAGUUUACUUUAUAAAUCUCAUAAUAAAAUUCAGACGAUCAUUAAAAGAUGUCUUUACUGCCAGUGAAAUAUUAAAUUUAAAAAACAUGUUUCAAAGGUAUGGGUUAUAUUUAUCCCAUAGAGUUAAGGUGAAAAUCAUUCAGCAAAGAGUACUUGAGAUUUUUUUUUUUUAUUCAGUAAAUCUGUGUGUGACUAAUUAUAAAGAAACCAACAUCAAUUUCUAAAGAAAAGGCUUAGCAUUUUGAAUUUAAUAAAGUUAUGACCUACAUUUACAUAUAUGUGACAUACAUUCAUAACUUUCAGGAAAUUAAUAUUUUUGCUAUCAUCAGUACACAACUGUGAAGCUCUGGUAGUUCAGGCUGCCCUCUCUGAAAGUCUUGAAAGUAAAGAAAGCUGACUGACUGACUAGUCAGACCCUUGACUGGUUUACUCUUCAGUGCUUAUAGCCUCAGUAUGUCUCCAUAGAGGCACAGAUGGGCUAUGAAGCAUGCUUCUAUCUCCCAGGCAUACUGUUUGCUUUUGCAGUAUUUAUAAAUUAGUUUAUUUUAAGGAUCCAUUCUAUAUCACAGAAUGUGGUUAAUGUUACCUUUUGAGUUAAACAUAUUAUUUGUGUAUACAGCACUUACUAACUUUAAAAGUUUGCUAGUGUUUUAUAGUAACAUCCAUCACUGUCAGCUUUUAUCUUAAUAAAAUCAUAGCUGACGUGGUUUAGUGUGUAUUAAAUGGCACCUGUGAUUACCUAGCCCACAUUUUGCUAUUUCUUCUUCACAUAGCCUUGUAGCAUGGAUGAAAGCUGACCUUAUCUUAUUACCUGCACUUCACAGUUCAGCUAAAGCAAAGACUAACCCACUGACUUGCACAAAUUUACCUGAUGAACAUGGUGGAGUCAGAAAUUCAUGUAGGAAACCCAUCUUCUUAAUGAUUGUACUGCUUUUAUUUGUUAAUAUGAGAACCAUUAUAAUAUAAUUAUUUUCUGAUUAAAGUUGGAGUUUUAUGACAUGUAUUGUCAUUUAAUUAUAUAGACCGUGUUGCAAAAUCAAGUGGGAAUAUGUAGAGUGCCUUUAAUGUAUGAGAACUAUAUUCUUGGCAUUUCCCAUUCCUAAUUGAAGAAGCUCCACAUGUAUUGCAAGCCUAGAGUAGGGCAUUCUAUAAAAUUUGACCAUAAUUUUUAAAGUGUAAACACUUAAAAAUUUAUGAUAGAAGAGUUAUCAUUUUUAAUACCAUAAUAUAUACCUUCUUUUGACAUUGUUCUAAACUUGGGAGUUUAGAACACUCUUGCUUUAAUGUUGCACUCUGCAACUGGGGAUUAUUGAUAAGCUAAGGAAAAACCCUGCCCACAGUUCUUACCACUUCUAUAUGUGGACAUAGGCUCCUGUCUACGCACUGAGAGAUUUCAGAUCUUAUCAUAGGGACUGAAUCAUAUUUACUAUCUUACAGAUUUUUCUCAUUGAUUUCUAACAUUACAAAUAUCAGCUAAAGCAAAGAUUUUUAAAAAUUUUAAUUUUGUAAAAAUAUGAAGAUUGAAGGGCUGAACUAUAUCUAUUUCUUAAGUUAGAGAGAAAGACAGACAGAGGAUGAUAAUUUCUGUUCCUGGUUUACUUGGCAGGAUAUGUAACGCUGAGUUCCUAGUGUUACGUUCUCUCCUGCAAACCAGCAUCCUAAUCUGCAGGCACAUGCUACUUUCUUUCCUUUUAAUAGAAGUUUUCUGUUGUCUUUAACCCUCUGUGUAUUUAUUGGCCACUCUUCUUGCAGCAAGAUGUUCAAUUAAGACAGAAAGUAGGGCUGGGAAUGUGGCACAGUGGUUGAGCGCUUGCCUAGUGCAUGUGAAGCCAUAUGUUAAACCAUGGUAGCUCUCCUUUAAGCCAGUGGUGGCUCACACCUGUAAUCCCAGUACUUGGAGAGUCAGUAGGAUUGCCAAGAGUUCAAGGGCAGUUUGAGCUACGUGUGAAUUUGAGGCCAGUCUGAACUACAUGUGAGACAUGGCCUAUGAAAGAAACAAAGAUACUACAGUGAGUGUUACAUGGGGAUGGUGCUAUUUCUGGCUUUAUUGAUUUUAACUUUGAAUAGCUCAAUUCAGAGUGAAAUGAAGUUGAUCCUAUGCUAACUUUAAUGGUGAAGAAAAUCAAUGAGAAACAAAUUCAAGACGAGGUAUUAGCCAACUCUAGCAAACAAUGUCCUGUAGUGAGCACAUAGAUUUUAUAGGCAAGGUUAUUUAAAGCAAAUAUGUUUCUAUCUAAAAGUAUCAAACAUUCAUACACAAGUCAAAGCAUCUGUAGUCCAGUGAAAUAUGAAUCACAUCUAAGUAGGUGUUCUCUUAUAACAGCUUUAAUUUCAUUAAUUGCUAGCACCACU